UGCUGGUGUAUGAGCGCCGCUUCGGAUCUCGCUCUCUCACCGACUGUCGCUCCAGCGCUCCGCCGCCAUACGGAUCGUUCUCUCCGGUUUCUAGGAUGUUAUCCAGCCAGACCGGAGCGGCUCUGAGUGGAAGCGGAUCAGCGGCGGGGAAGAGCGCAGGCCACGGCGCGGUGGUGAUGGGCGCCGGGGUCCGCGCGGGGUUCGCUCGGGGGCUGGGGCCGAUGGGGCUCGGGAUCCCAGGGAGGUUCGAGCCGGAUAAAGAGGGACCCCCGCACCUGUGCAGCGGCUCCGACGCGGACUCUGACUCCGGCGAUGAGGACGAGCUCAUGGGGUCAGUCGGGGACAACCGGAGGGGAGGCGGCGUCAAGCGGGAGAGAGCGGAGAUGGAAGCCGCGAUAGUGGGACCUGAGGCCGGCUUGCCCUCCGCGGCGCUCGCGGCUGGAGCGGCCGGAGCGAAACCGGGCAAGAAGACCCGCGGCAGAGUGAAGAUAAAGAUGGAGUUUAUAGACAACAAACUGCGACGGUACACGACCUUCAGCAAGAGGAAGACGGGCAUCAUGAAGAAGGCGUACGAGCUCUCCACGCUCACGGGAACUCAGGUCCUGCUGCUGGUGGCCAGCGAGACGGGGCACGUCUACACGUUCGCCACGCGUAAGCUGCAGCCCAUGAUCACCAGCGAGACGGGCAAAGCUCUGAUCCAAACCUGCCUGAACUCCCCGGACUCUCCGCCGCGCUCCGACCCGUCCACGGACCAGCGCAUGAGCGCCACGGGCUUCGAGGAGACCGACCUCACAUACCAGGUGUCCGAAUCCGAGAGUCUGGGAGAAACCAAGGACGCUCUGAAGCCGGUGUUCUCCGUGGCCAGCACCACCGUCCCCAGCUCCUCCAGCAGCUCGUCCUUCCCCAUCACUAACUACCUGCCACCCGCCGGCGCGAGCGGAGCCAAGAGCGCAGGAGUCAUGCAGCUGCCCGCAGGAUUCACCUUCAUGUCAGGCUCUCCGUUUGCUCCCGGGACUCCUGCGAUUCCUCUCGGUCAGAGCAUCACAGCGUCAUCGUCCGGCGCGUCUCAGCCGUCUCAGGGUCAGCAGGCUGUGUUUCGUCUGCCGGCCACCGUCUCGCUCACCGGUGGAGCGAUGCCGCAGCAGCUCCAGAGCAUCCAGGUCCAGUCCAGUGGUCAGUCGAGCUGCAUCAGCACCAGCGCCAGCAGUCCAGAGCUCUCUCACAGCAGCACAGCCUCCACAGCUGCAGUCAGUCUGCCAGCCAUCGUCACCUCCUCUGUGGCCACCUCCAUGACGGGUCACAUGAUGUAUCCCAGCCCACACACGCUCAUGUACGCAUCAGCGCCCACGCUAGCAGACGGGAGUGUAGCGGUGCUCAACGCAUUCACACAGGGACAGGUGUCACACACACCGACUCAGGACACGGGCGGUGUUCCUCAGGUGUUCCUCACAGCUCCUCCCGGUACGGUUCAGAUUCCCGUCUCGGCGGUGCAGCUUCAUUCAAUGGUGAUUGGUCAACAGUCCAGCGGCAGCAGCAGUAGCCUGACCGAGCUUCAGGUCGUUAAUCUGGACGCCAAAAACGACUGACCGCGCCACCAGAGACUGACGCCGCUAUUUAUUAACACCUUUCUGAGAUUGACCUUUAUACAGUUCCUCAUUUAUACGUCUGAUUCUACAGUUUCUGCUGUAGACGUGUGUGUGUGUGUGUGUGUGUGUGUGUGUGUGUGUGUGUGUGCAUGUGCGUGUGUGUGUGAGAGAGAGUAUAGGUACUGUCUACAGU